AUGACACUCCUGACCUAUAUAGUCCUCGGAACCCUAUCAGGGCUGAUUCUCCUCCACCUUCUCCGACGUCGUCCGAUUGAUCAUUUCGAAGGACACGACAAACCAAUUCACGAUAAAACCGCAGAGGCAGAAAUGGCCAUGAUGAGUAAAGAUCGGAAAUCUGAUCACUCGAGACUGUUCUUCUACAAAAAACGGACGAACCACGUGGCAACAUCGCAGAAACUUCAGUCGACAUUUGAACGAGAUUUUGAUCCGACGAGCAAUCGAUUAACUGACGAAGAGUAUGCACUGAAGGCAAGUGUGGUUCUGGAAACUGCUAAGCUUGGAGGAGCUACUCUCGAUGACGAUGAAGGACUUUAA